AUGGAUGGACAACCCUUGCUGGACCCCCUUAUGAAAGCCGAGUGGCUGAAACCUGAAAAGAAGUCUGACCUGGGGUCCAGGUUCAAAACCACUUACAAGAUAGAUCCAGGAAGCACAAACCUAAGUUUCAACCUAAAAGGAGACAGUCCAGAUUCUCCCCGCCCCACAGAAGAUACAAUUCUCAGAGAGGAAGACAAAGGCGUCAGUCUCGCCCUCAAACCACUACUUACAAGAAGAAGUCGCCCCAGGGUGGGGAGAAGGGGAAGGGCUUUUGACGCCAACUCAUGUUUGCCCCGAGUAGGCGCCAGGCUUUUCCAUUUUGCCUCGCAAUGGUUAAAAACAUCAUCAGACUCGUGGGUAAACUCUAUCAUUACAAAGGGGUACGCACUGGAACUGACAACCACUCCACCAAACAAGUUUGUGUUGAACAGACAAGACCCUCAUGUCCUUCCUCUGAUAUCAGAGUUCCUGCUGAAGGGUGCACUGGAGCCUGUCCAAAUCUCUCAAAGAGGUUUUGGCAUCUACUCCAGAAUCUUUGCUGUCCCCAAGAAGGGUGGAUCUUGGAGACUAGUCAUCGAUCUCACUUACCUGAAUACCUACAUCGUCAGGAAACGUUUCAGAAUGGAAACAAUCAGAUCCGUUCUGUCACUACUAGAAGAAGGCUACAAUCAAUAUGAAAGAUGCCUAUCUUCACAUACCAAUUGUCAAAUAUCACAGGAAAUUUCUAAGGUCGGCGGUGCUGGUAAACCAAGAGAUUCUUCAUUAUCAGUUCACAUGCCUCCCUUUCGGGCUAUCCUCUGCACCCAGAGUCUUUACGAAAGUGACUGUUGUUCUGGCUGCCCAUCUUCGUCUUCAGGGAGUGAACCUCAUCCCGUACCUAGACGACUGGCUGAUCCUAGCCCACUCGGAAGAAGCUUUGAAAUAUCAUCUUCAGCUGACCAUCGCAGUCCUUCAAGAUCAUGGCUUUCUGCUCAACUUUCAGAAGUCUCACCUCUCUCCAACUUCACAAGGGAAGUUUCUGGGAUUCCGGAUCGAUUCAGUGGCGAUGAGGUUGUUUCUAUCAGAAGACAGGCUCUGCAAGCUGAAUUCGGAGGGCUUCCGAUUCCUGGUUCAGUCAGACAACCUCCCAUCGUUUUUUUAUCUGAACAAACAGGGAGGUACGAGAUCUUGUCAUAUGAUGGAAGAGUGUCACCCACUAAUGUCCUGAGCGGAAGACCAUUUGGUGUAACUGCAUGCAGUACACUUCCGGGGAUCCCUGAAUCUUCAGGCGGACUUCCUGAGCAGGAAGAACUUCAACCCAGCAGAAUGGAGCCUCAACCCCAAGAUUUUUCUCCAGUUGGUCGAAAAAUUUGGCCAGCCAGAGAUGAAUGUCAUGGCCACAAGAGCAAACCGGAAGGUUCCUACCUUCUGCUCCAUCUAUCGCAAGGACCUCCCCGAUCAUCUGGACGGCCUUUCAUUUCCGUGGAGCAACAGAUUUCUCUAUGCCUUCCCUCCGUUUCCCCUCAUACCACGGAUGCUGCUGAAGAUCAAGGAGGAACAUGCCACAGUCCUUGCAGUACUCCUGUUUUGGCCCAGGAGGGCUUGGUUCCAACUCGGGUGGAGGCUUUCGAGAGGCUGUCUUUGGGAGCUCCCUCUUCUUUCGGAUUUGCUUCUUCAAGAAGGCCUUUGUCAUCCAGCAUUGCACAGGUUGAGACUCACGGCCUGGCUGCUGAGAGGGUGAUGUUGUCUGCACAAGGUUUUUCGGAGGAAGUAAUCAACUUGCUGGCCGCCUCAAGAAAGCCGUCUACUCUUAAGGUCUAUUCCAGAGUGAUGAAGCUCUUCAGCUCAUGGUGUAUGCUUCACAAUGUGGUCUCUCCAUCUUUAUCUCAGGUUCUGGAGUUCCUCAAAGAUGGCUUCGAUAAAGGCCUGAAACCUAACACUCUACGCGUUCAGUUCUCAGCCAUCAAUAAUUUCUACCAAGGUUCCUUUUCCAAUAGCGCCUUGGUUUCCAGGUUCUUCAAAGCAAUUGCCAACCUUAGACCUUCUGUGACUCCUCCAGUCCCUCAUUGGGAUCUACCUUCAGUUCUCCAUACUCUGGAAGUUUAUGGGUCCAAACAAGGGCAAGCCGGCUUCCAAGGCCUCUUUGGCACGUUGGAUCAAAGGUCUAAUUGCUUUGUGUUACUCUAUCCGUGGUGA